UCUUCUCCAAACCUCUUCACCCCACCCUUUCCUAAAACCAACAAUAAGAAAUCCAGUCAAAAUUAAUGGAAGAAUUCGCACACCGCCAGUAGCUUUAGCAUGUUUAGUGGGUUGCCUAGAUCUCCACGUACUAAAUCACAGGGAACAUUUCUCUGCAUCCUCCCAUAAACACAAUUGCUAUGCCCAAUUUUUCCAAGAUAACAGUGAUUUCCAAGGCUACUAAAGAGAAUCUGGCAGCGGGUUUGGCCAAAGCCGUUGGUGGAAUUAUGAAAAAGGAUUUUGCAGCUCUUUUCAGCUCCGAUCAUCUCUCAGGUGAUCAGCUCAGUGGCUUCGGUCUGCAUCAAUUUGAAACAUCAAAUAUGUGUCUCUUUUACUCUCUGGCGACAAUACAUGGGAGAAAUAUCAAAUUGUUGGUAGCGGUGGUUACGCAAUCAGGUUCAAAGGAUACAACUAAUAAGUUGGGGAAUGGUCGUAAAAGCCAUGUUCGUGUGGUGGCGCUAGCAUGCACCUCGUAAUUUACGUGGUGGUGGUGGGUUCAUAGAUUGGUUCCCCGUUUCGAUUUGUUGAUUUCAGUGGGUUUGAAGAAUUACUGUGAUGCCGAAUCAAGUGGUGAAGGUGAAGCGAGAGGCAGUCUUGCCAUGCAUGACAUGUCCACUCUGCCGCAAGCUCUUCCACGACGCCACAACUAUUAUCGAAUGUCUUCACACAUUUUGCAGGAAUUGCAUAUAUAAGAAACUUUCAGAUGAGGAAAUGGAAUGCUGUCCAAUAUGCAAUAUUAAUUUAGGAUGCGCUCCAUUGGAGAAGUUGAGGCCUGAUCAUAAAUUGCAAGAUGUAAGGGCAAAGAUAUUUUCUUCUAAGAGAAAGGUAAACACACCUGAAGUGGUGACUCCAGUUCAAUUACCUGCAAAGAGAAAGGAGAGAUCACUCUCUUCGUUGGCGAUUAGUGCUCCUAGAGUAUCAGCACACAGUGGAAUGACAGGAAGAAGAUCGAAAUCUAUUGCAAGAAAAGCAUCAAGAAGUUCCAGUUUUACGAUAGAGAAAGCUGUUGACAAAGAUGAAGAUUCAGUGGAAGACUGCCCUGAGAACUCUAAGUCACCUGAGAGACUAAACAAAGUUUCCCAGAAUACCAGGCUGAACCCUAAUGCUGCUGAGGCAUCUAGCCGACUUAGUCCUGAUGAAGAGAGAGAGAGAGGUUCUGAAGCAUUGAAAGGGAAAGUUGAUCUUUGGAAGCCCUUGAAUUGUUUGGUGGAAGCAGCGAAUAGGAGUAAAUCUUCUCAGUUGGCCCCCCAAGGAUCUGUUGCUAAGUCGGAUUCUAUACAUUUCCAUGGUAAUGAGGGACUCGUCCGUAAAAGCAAAAACAAGGAAGCAGGAACAAAGUCAAAAGUUCAACAUGAUAAGAAUGGCAAAGUCCACGACCACGGAGAAUCAGAAAAAACUAAAAAAAUACGUAGAAUCCAGCAGAAGAAGGCACGUAAUUCUGGAGAGCUUAGAAUAACACACCAGGAUGUGCUCAAUGCUGCCACUGCUACCUGUGAAAAAAGAAAUAAUCCAAUUUGGUUCUCAUUAGUGGCGUCUGAUGACCAGGAAGGAGAUGCACACUUGCCACAAAUUUCUGCCAACUACUUGAGGAUAAAGGAUGGGAGCAUACCGGUUUCUUUUAUCCAGAAGUACCUCAAGAAGAAAUUGGAUCUUACUAAUGAAGAUGAGGUUGAAAUCAAAUGUAUGGGACAAACGGUCGUCCCCACAUUGACACUGAAUAAUCUAGUUGAUAUAUGGCUUCAAACUACUACUUCGGAGACAGUAUCAGCCACUAUUGGUUCAUCAGCAAAGGACUUUAUGAUGGUAUUAAGCUACUCUCGCAAAGCUCCCGAUAUUUGAUUGAAUGUGUAUCGGAGAGCAUGCAUUGGGAUUUGUGAUUUCUUGAAACUGCUAUCACUGCCAUAUUCGUACUCAAGCCAGAACAUAGUCCAAUAAGUUUGCAUUGAAGCAGAUGAGCUGGUGAUUUGUUUACAAGAAAAAAAAGGUUUUACUUAUGUUUUAUUUACAUCAGGAUGGACGAGCGCACUCGAAUUCAUUUUUGUUCUGUUGUAGGUGGAUUUUUAACUCUCUAUAUUCCCCAUAUAAUCUUGGACCCUGUCAAUGUGUUACCGGUUCCAAACUUGUACA